AUGUCAAGCUUAUUCAUAGAUUCUUCAAAACAACCAAAAGGUAUCGUUGAUAUCGGUGCAAAUUGUUAUUAUUGUAAUCAAUUAGAUUUAUUACCAUUUGAUUGUGAAUAUUGUAAUCAUAAAUUUUGUUCAAAUCACAGAACUUUAGAAUCUCAUAAAUGUAUUAAUAAAGAUAAAUCUGAAAAAUCUGAUAAAUCUGCUCCAACUAGUUCUGGUUUUACUAUUAGUUCUGCUUCAUUAUUUCCCGAUAGAAAUAAAGAUAAAUUAAAAUUAAAUCAAAGUUUAAAUAAUCCUAAACCUACAACUAUAAAAGAAACACAAUUUAGAGUUGGUGAUGUUAUAAAGUCAAAUGCGUUUACUAAAUUUCGAAAAUUUUUAAAAAUUCAAGAUAAAUCAAAAUCAAAAUUAUUUAAAAAAUCAACAAAGUUUACAGAUGUUGCAAUUUUAAAGAAACAAGCUAAAGGUGAUGUUAAAAUCAAUAUAAAUGAUAGAAUUUAUAUAUGGUGUGUUUAUAUCCAGGAUCCAGAUGUAAAAUUAGAUGUUGGAAAAGUUAAAAAACCAUUGUUUAUAAAUAAAAAUUGGUCAAUUGGGAAAUCAUUAGAUUCAAUUUGUGAUACAUUAUUAAUACGGAAUCAAAAUAAUAUAACAAAUAAUGCCGAAGAAAAAUUAAACAUAUUUAAGUUAAAUGAUAAAGAAGAACCAGAAUUGAUGAAAAGUUCAUUGAAAAGUUCGACAUUUAAAACUGGUGACCUAAUAUACUUAGUUAAAGGUGUAAUCUAA